AUGAAUAUCAAUGAAUAGUUAUUAUAAAUAUUGACAGACGUAUGCAUUUAGAAUUUUAUGUAGAUUUGCAGUGUACUUAGAUCUGCUGUCACAAAAGAGUUGAGUACAUAAGAAAUACUUAAUGCACUAAAACUUCACAUCUUUACACUGCUAGAAUUAGUAUCUUAAAGCAAAAAUCUUGAAUAUGAUGAAUUAGAGAAGGCUGUUUAAAAAGCAGAAGCAGAGAUACGUUUUCAUAUUAGGGUAUAUAGAUUAACAUAAUCAUAGUUAGAGUAGUAGAUGAGACUCUAUGCAGAUAAUCUUUAAGAGAAGAUUGAAUAAUUAGAAUUUGAAAAGUAAAAAUAGAAGUACAAUAACAUAAUUUAAAUAUAUAUUUUAGCGAAAAAAAAUCAUAGAAUUAAUUUUAAUAACGUGAAGGAAGUCCAAAUGUAAUAAAGAAAUCUUAUAUCAGGAAAAGGUCUUCCACUAAAAAACAAUAUGUCUCAUCAAAAUAAUAAUAAUACUAUCAACAAUCCUCCUUCAAAUAGAAAAGUGA